AACAGCCGCUUCCGUGUUGUUCUUGUGUUAUUCUGGUUAAUAACUGCCGUUAGCAGAGUGGGAGCUCGUCUGACAGCCUCAGCCGUGAGUUUAUCAUGAUUCUGUAAAGCUGACUCGCACUUUUAGCCUUUUUUCAGCCAAAAUGUCGCUGCUACAGAGCUCAAAGAAGAAAGACAAGCGUAUUUUGUCUGGUACCUGCCCAGACCCGAAAUGUCAGGCGAGGCUCUUCUUCCCAGCUUACGGCUCCAUUAGCAUCGAGUGCACGGAAUGUGGACAGCGACACGAACAGAAGAGCCUGUUAAAUGUGGAGGAAGUGACUGACCCUGAUGUUGUUCUCCAUAACCUGCUUAGAAACGCCCUGCUCGGCGUCACUGGGGCCCCGAAGAAAGGCACGGAGCUGGUGAAAGUGAUGGGGCUGUCCAACUACCACUGCAAGCUGCUGUCUCCCGUUCUCACCCGGUAUGGAAUGGAUAAACAAACCGGGAAAGCCAAACUGCUGAGGGAGAUGAACCAGGGGGAGAUGUUUGACUGCUCCCUUUUAGGUGACAGGGCUUUCCUCAUUGAGCCCGACCAUGUCUCCACUAUGGGCUAUGGUAAAGACAGAUCUGGGAGCCUUAUCUACCUCCAUGACACUCUGGAGGAGGUAAAGAAAGCCAACAGCAACAGAGAAUGUCUCAUCCCUGUGCAUGUGGAUGGAGACGGGCACUGCCUGGUCCACGCCGUGUCCAGAGCUCUGGUUGGUAGAGAACUGUUCUGGCAUGCCCUGAGAGAAAACUUAAAGCAGAACUUCAAGCAGAACCUGGACAGCUACAAGGCACUGUUUCAGGAUUUUAUUGAUUCAGCAGAGUGGGAGGACAUCAUUAACGAGUGCGACCCCCUUUUCAUCCCACCAGAGGGCGUCCCGCUCGGACUUCGCAACAUCCACAUCUUUGGUUUAGCCAAUGUCCUCCACAGACCCAUUAUCCUGCUGGACUCUCUGAGCGGGAUGAGGAGCUCCGGGGAUUACUCCGCCACCUUCCUGCCUGGGCUUGUAGCAGAGGAGCAGUGUAAAGGGAAGGACGGGAAGCUCAACAAACCCAUCUGUAUCGCAUGGAGCAGCUCAAGCAGGAACCAUUACAUCCCUCUGGUGGGGAUCAAAAACAGCGUCCUGCCCAAACUGCCACCCCGCCUGCUCCCCAAGGCGUGGGGAGUCCCUCAGGAGCUCAUUAAGAAGUACAUCAAGCUUGAGUCUGAUGGGAGCUGCGUGAUCGGUGGAGACCGCAGCUUGCAGGACAAAUACUUGAUGCGGCUGGUCAACGCCAUGGAGGAGGUGUUCAUGGAGAAGCACAGCAUCCACCCGUCUCUUGUGGCAGAUGUGCAUCAGUAUGUUUACAGACGCACAGGUGUCAUCGGCAUCCAGCCUGAAGAGGUUACCGAAGCGGCGAAGAAGUCUGUCAUGGAGAACCGGCUGCACCGCUGCCUGAUUUGUGGAGCCCUUUCCGAGCUCCACGUCCCGUCUGAGUGGCUGAUUCCAGGCGGGAAGCUCUACAACCUGGCAAAGUCCACCCAUGGCCAGCUGCGGCCUGAUAAGAACUACAGCUUCCCCCUUAACAACGUCGUCUGCUCCUACGACCCUCACAGAGAUGUCCUCAUCCCUGAUUAUAAACUGAGCUCCCUUAACACCUGCAACUGGUGUCAUGGCACCUCGGUGCGCCAUAUUCGUGGUAAUGGGUCAGUGGUUUAUCUAGAUGGGGACAGAACCAACACCCGCUCCCAGGGAGGGAAGUGUGGAUGUGGUUUUAAACACUACUGGGAGGGGAAGGAGUAUGAUAAUCUCCCCGAGGCCUUCCCAAUCACACUAGAGUGGGGGGGCCGAGUAGUAAGAGAGACAGUGUACUGGUUCCAGUAUGAAACUGACCUGGCUUUGAACAGCAAUGUGUACGAUGUGGCUAUGAAGCUGGUCACCAAACACUUUCCUGGAGAGUUUGGCAGUGAGAUCCUAGUGCAGAAAGUCGUCAACACCAUCCUGCAUCACACAGCUAAAAAGAACCCAGAUGAGUACAACCCAGUGUCCAUCGACGGUGCUCACGCCCAGCGUCUCACGGACACCACAGAGACCCCACAGGUGACAGACCCCCAGCCUCCCACUAAGAUCAUUCUGACGGGUCAGAAGGCAAAGACGCUCCACAAAGAGGAGCUUACAAUGAGCCGAGCGGAGCGCAGCAUCCAGCAGAGCAUCAGUGAGCAGGCUUUGGUUUCCCAGAAAAGACGGACAGACAAACUGAAGCAGGAGCAGAAACCACACGCUCGAGCAUCGUCUCCAAGCGGCUCUCCUGAAACCUCCUCCUCUUCUGCUCCAGCUACGCCCACCAAGUCCUCAUCCCCAUCAUCUUCCAGUAAGGAGAAGAAGAUCCGUGUGACCACCAAUGACGGUAGGCAGGCCAUGCUGACCCUGCAGGCCCACACCACCUUCUCAGAGCUGCAGAGGAGCAUCACCAACCAGUUCGGUGUACCACCAGAGCAGCAGUGCAUCCGUUACGGCUUUCCACCUAAAGAACUGUCACCACCGAAAGACAGCGAGGAGAACGAGCCGGUGGCACUGCAGCACGGUGACAGGGUGACAGUGGAGAUUCUGAGGGGCCCUGAGGAUCACAAGAGCCCCGCCUCCUCCAUACCACGGGCUUCAAGCUCGCACUCAGCGCUGCACUCAGUGAAGAGUGAGGACAGUGGAAGGAUGAGCAGCCGGGAGCUUCAGGACAGCAUCGACCUGGAGAUGUCCUCCCUCUGUCUCCUCGCAACAUUGAUGGGUGAAGAUGUCUGGUCAUAUGCCAAAAAGUUGCCGCAUUUAUUCCAACAGGGAGGGGUCUUCUACAACAUCGUCAAGAAAGACAUGGGCCUGAUGGAUGGGAAGCACUGCACGCUGCCUCACUUGACGGGGAAAACGUUUGUUUAUAACGCUGCAGAGGAGCGUCUGGAGCUCUGUGUGGACGCUGCAGGUCACUUCCCUGUUGGCCCUGAUGUGGAGGAGCUUGUGAAGGAAGCUGUGGUUCAGCUGCGCUCAGAAGCAGCCUCCAGGGGCAGCAGAGAGGGCAGCCCCUCUCAUGGCGUGCUGCGUCUGGGGAGUGGCGGUGUUGUUAGAAAGAAGGAGCAGCUGCAGAACGUCACUGCCUUCCAGGGUAAAGGUCACUCUCUGGGCAGUGCCGGUGGCUCAUCCCCUCCAGAGCACCGGCCUAUCACACGCCAGCACAGCAGCGGUGUGGACCUGAGUGCCAGCGUGUCCCGAGGUCCCCCUGAUCUAUCGGACAUCCCUGAGGACACCACUCGGGAGCUGGUGCGCAUGGCCCCGGGCUUCGUCACCAUGAAGGACGGACGAGGUUUGGACCCAACUCUGAUGGAGCAGCAGAGGAAGAAGUUGCAGGAGAUGGUCUCCUCCAUCCAAGCCUCCAUGGAGCGUCAUCUCAGAGAGCAGCAGAGCGCCACCGCCGCAGUGAGUGGGGCCAGCCAGGAGCGAACAGGUGGGACAAAGACGGGGACAAGCCAACCUACGUCUACAGCAUCCCAUGAACUUCCAGCUGCAGAAGGAGCAACAGGGGGAGGGAAGACAGACGGGAAGGAGGAGGAACCAGAGGAGAUGGAUAGCCAGGAAGCUGGGCAGAGCAACACCACCGAACCCAUGGACCACUCCUGAUCACUCCCACCCACCUGCUCUCGCCCCCGCCCCGCAGGCACCCCGGGGUCACAGCACCUCAGAUGGGAUCCUAAAGCUUCGGUUUUCAUUGUGUUUCUUUGUCGUCAUGCAUGACUUCAGAGCGUCUGGGGAGCGUGGUCAGGGUCAGGUGAUAUAUUGUGACAUGUUCUCUGCGAUACAUCAUCACACGUCAUAGAUUUAUACAUGUAUAUGCUGCUUUCAGGCUUCUGACAUGCAUAUAUGUGGGUGCCAUUUUGGAGGGGUAUAACUGCAGCUGUUAUUGACUUAAGUCUAUGAAGACUGAGGUCUAUUGAUGAUAUAAAUUUUCAUUAGUUGCUGGAAUGUAAAGUAAUUUUCAAGCUUUUUGUGACAAGGUGGGAAGAACUAACAGCAGACAGAGGGGAAAGAAAGAAGAAGGCCAAGGUGAGCAGACUGCUGGUGUACUCAGCUCUGCCCACCUCUGUUGCUUACUUGCUUUUCUGAUAUGAGGAGUCUUUCCUAUACAAUCUGCACUUUGUAACAUGUAUUUGAAUAUCAGUAUGCCACUGUUUAAGUUUCACGAAUAAGUUUCACAGUGAGGGAGAAGCAUUGCUAAAAUCCUUUGCAAAAUGGCAAUGCCACUUUUUAACAGCCUUUCUCCCCUCAUAUGUGACAUUCAUCUAUAGUGCUUAGAUGCUGGUUUACUGUUUAGUAAAUACCAGGACAGCCAGAUAUUUUUCAGGGCCAAAACAAUGACGAUUAUUAAUACUUCACUGGCCUGAUCAAUUAUUUUUUUAUUGGAUUCAAAUUUGACUGGCUGUUAUGCAUGUGAUGCCUAGCCAAUCAGAUGGUAUUGUGGCUGGAAACAUAGGUGAGACUUUGCGGAGUGAAAACAGUGCAAGGUGGAAAGACACACUUCACUGUGGAGCUAAAGUAUUGCACUUUUGAUUAAUUUAUUGCUGAUGGAUAAAAGAGAAUGCCAAUACAGAUUAUCAUCAAAAAAGUGAAUGUUCAGACCUCAUAAACUAACCCUGCAAAGCAGAUGGAUUUGCCAGAGUCCACAUGUCUUACAUCUCGCAGAUCCAUCUCCUAAAGCUACCAUCUACAUUAUUUGUGCCAAACCGAAAACAAUUUUGAGCAUUAGAAGAAAACGAGGCAGUAACUAUGGGUGGAGUUCAGCUGCCCUGGAAGCUGUUAGCAAUGGCUGCCACGGGUGUAGCAAUUAGCUCCGAUGUAGCUGUAGUACAGCAGCAGUUUUAUUAGAACGGCACCACAUUUCUUUUCUAUGUAUGCAUGAUAUUGGAUUUCUGCCAUAUUACAGAUUAGAACUGAUAUUGUUACCAGUAUUAAAUGUUGUUUAGAUUUAGGACUUAAAUUCUUAAAACACACAAUGUAAAUUUUGCGGAUUAACAAAUUUCAUUCCCUGAAACAUGCUUUAAAGUGCAAGGAAUGAUGAUUAAUAAAGAAGAAGACAUCGGCUGAAGUAGGUCGUUGGUACAGCCUAAAACUCUACUAAUUUGGAGUUAUUUGUUAAUGCUGCAAAUAUUUUAAGCUGAUGUAGACCAGUUUUAUGGCCAAAAUAUUGGUAAUACUAUUAGCAGAAAUUUUCAUAACUGCUGAUACUGAUAUCAUACCAAUAAUAUAAUGCAUCCCUUGAAUUUUUUGCACUUAAAAGCUAUACUUAAAAAACAAAGCAUGUAGGAUUCUGCCACCAGGGGGCUUACAAUCAAAAAUAUAACACAAUAUGACAAGUACAGACCAGUGCUGCUCAUCUCUGCUGUUUACUUUUUUGUUCAAUAAAAACUGCACCACAUAAGAUGGAUUUACUGAAAAUAAAACCAACAUUUUGUUUUAAUUCAUAAGUAUCUCAUAAUGAGGGAGAAAUACCCUUAAAAGUUGACUUCCAUGUCCAUGCUAGAAGCGAUGCCAGAGCGCAUGUGCAUCCAUGGAUCUCCCUGAUUUUCAGAAAAAAUGUUUGUCUCUCAGUAAAUACCACUUAUGAUUUGAUGUUCCAUUAGAUAGAGUCCUCAAUUCAAAACAAGAAGUAUACAGCAGUGAUGGGCAGUUCUUGUCUAUACUUGUUAUAUGGUGUUAUUGUUUGAAUGAGAGCCCCCUAGUGGUGGAAUUUUACAUAUUAUGUGUUUUAUUGCUGUAGGGCUUUUAAAAAAUGCCCUAAAUACCACAGUAUUUUUUCCUUCAUACCCUUUAGAAUUUGUAGUCAACUGGCAGUUGAUGAUCACUGUCAUAUACAGUGUAUUUAAGACAAUCCUUAAUUCAAUACUAACAGUAAGCAACAGAGGUGCGUGAAGCUGAGCUUUCUGGGAUACAAUACAGCACAGUAUUUUCCCCUGACUUCACAGCAUGGCGAAAGUUGGCCCUUUCACCUGCAAUAGGAAGAAGCAACAGCCUUCAUACAUUUUAAAUAGCCUUUGCAAUAACUCAGACCUUUGUUACAGUGCAUUCUGCGGGGAAUCACAGUAGUAAAACUUAAAAUGAAGAACUUUACAAUGAAGACUAUUUAAUCCAGCAUCUUGGAUCAUAAAUACAUGCCCGAUGUUUGUGACAAAACAUUUUAUAAAUAGAUUUCCAUUCAGCAACUCAUGACUAUUUCAACUGUGGAUAUAAACCUCCUAUCAUUCAUUUGAAGUCACUGCUAUACCCCUCCAAGAUUGGACCCAUGUAGAUAUAUCACUCCUGUGAACACUAGCAGCCCAGGUAGCAUCUGCAUGUAUUUAUCUGUGAUCACAGCUCUCAGCACUGAGGCGGCUGCCAUGUGUGUUUUUAACUCUUUGCACUUUGGUACACACUGAUCGCAGCUGUCCUCACACACUGUGUGAAAUGUCACAAUGCAGUAAAAAGUAAAAACACUACGUAUCUUUGAUUCCUGCUUUUUUGCCUUUAAGGAUUAAUUGUUAUCCUCACUGGAUGAUGUAUCGUAAACGACUGUCCAUAAUAUAUCACAGCGUGGUGACAGGAUUCUAAGUGUUUCUCUGACUCCCACCUGAAGACGUCUCUAUAAACGCGCGAUUGGGACGGGGAAACAUCGCUCAGAUUUAUGUGUGAGACUCAUUCCUGUAGAUAGAAGAAUCCUCUGAGUCUUAAUCUGCCAACUGGAGGAGAGCUGCUGGUGCAAUGGCAGCGUAAACAUGCUUCCUUUAAAACGUGCACGCUGUGAGAAGUGCACCAGCCUCUGUAUGCAUCGACGCCUUCAUCAACGCCCAGAAAUCUGCUCGUCCACCUUCAGUCUGUCUGUCUGCUGAGCGCCGAGAGGACUCUGGAUCUGUGUUUGCUCGACUGCCUCAUUGGAUAAGAAAUUUGGUUUUUGAACUCAUCAAUUAAAGAGGACCUGUAAUGAUUUUGUUCUAUAAAAUUUGGUGUCAUAGAGUAUUUAGCUUUGGACUGACCUGUGCCCCCUUCAGGUUCAGGUUCCUGCAGAGUUUAAUUUGGGUUUUAAGGUUUAUAUUUUCCAACUUCUAGUGCUGCAUUCAUAACAGAAGAGAAGUGAGUUUUACCCUCUUGUCUUGUGUGAAUUUGUCCACAGGAUCAUUAGUGUUCUCUUUAGGGAUGGUUUAUGAUUAUUCAGUUUAAAAACUGAAGAUUUAUGUGAUCUCAAAACUUCAAUUUGAAAUAUUUUUUGCCAAUAUUUCUUCAGUGCCUGUUUGUUUGGCUCUUUUACAGCCAGACUGGCUGUAGCAUGUCUGAAAGCUGUUUGCUAACCGCCAAAGAAGAAAAAAGCAGUAAAAUCUGGUGGCACCACAAGGUGCUGACAAACUAACUUUUCCUCUCUUAAAGGGAUAUUUUAAUGGUUUUGAAGUUGGGUUGUAUGAGGUACUUGGUAAUAGUAGGGCCUCCAGCGAUUUUAGUGAGUAUUGCCCCUUCAUAUAGGACACCCUUGGGGAAUCUAGGCUAUAGAGCAUUACAGAUGGGUGUAGCUGCUCUGUGUUCUUGGGCGAGUUUGGGUAAAAAUGGGCCAAAAACAAUGAUUGCUCAUUGUACAAUAUAUGGAACAUUUUUUAAGAGUGUUAUUUUUCAUCCAGAAAGCCUCUGUGUUUGGCACUAUUUUGCAAUGCGAGCUUCAGCUAUGUGCUCUUCCACCUCAGUGCAACUGAUCAGCUGUUUGUGGCAGAGAAAAAAAAACAUUAAAUUUAGCUCAAACUAGGUAUCUCAACUCAGUUUUCCACUUCAACAGCAUACAAUGUUUUGAUAAAGUAAAAUUAUUGCGUCAUCUGUAGUUUGUCUAAUUAUCAGCCAUUGGAGGAAUAAAGCAACAAUCAUAAACACACCUGUAUGACAAAUUUCCAUUCGGGUAUGUGUUAACCAUUUAUCUUCAGAAAGUUAAAAAGUCAUUAUCACACUGGUGUUCAGUAAGGCAGGGAACUCUGGGCGGGGAAUAAUGCGGGCUGCAGGCAUCUGUGAGGCUCUAUGAGAACAAUAACUCCUGUGGACAUGGGCUCACAGUUUUACACUUAGACCACCAGAUGAGCUAACCACUCUCUACUAAAGUUUUUUCACCCUCUGUCUUUUCACUGAGGUUCCAACUGUAGAAGUUCCUCUGUGUCCUGGGCCAUAAAUGUAUAGUCUCAUAACCACAGUUAACGGCACGUCAUCACAAAUUAAAAUUGUUCCUUUAAGUUUUGUUUUAGCUUAGUUUGUUCUGGUUUGGUCCAUUUUUACAUCAGCCUCACUAAAGUACAAGGAGCAGGUAUACUCAUCUGUGGUGCCAUGUAGGCUGGGUUCUUCAGGUAUGACCUGUUUGAAGGGGCGACGCUCACUGUAAUCACUGGAGGUUAAUGCCACUACUAUCGCCAGUUACCUCACACAUCCCAACUUCAAAAAUUCUGAAAUACCCCUUUAAUAUUAGAAACAAUCUAGAGCCAUCCUACUGAGCAUUUUUAUGUAAAUGAUUAGGGGUUGACUGAUAUAGAUUUUCUGUUGUAAUUAUGAGUAGUUCAUGAGACUGAAAGUCUCUCCUGGUAUUUGGAACGAAUGUACAUCUGUUUUGACAACCAAAAUGCACUUAAUGAGACAAAGGUAAGACUGCAUGAUCAAACGGAUAAUUGAUAAACCAAGUUGACCAGUCUAGCACUUACUCUUCACACAAAAAAUUAAUUAAUUUGAUUGGCAAUGCGUAAAAUAAAAUGCCUAAUACCACUCUGAUAACUGGCCAAGCCAAUAAUCAGUUGACCCCUUUCAAUGAUCAGUCAAACAAUCUCAGUAUUGUCAAGAGAAAUAGAUUGUUUCUAAACUUAAAGCCAGCAUAAAGCAAUGCUAAACCUGUUAGCCCAUUAAUGGCAGUUUCCACUGUGUUAGCAUCAAGCUAACAAACACACAUAAGUGUUGAAACUCUUGUUGUCACAGUACCAGGAUUUUAAACUUACAAUUCUACUGAAAAUCAAAUAUCAAAAUGUUUUUAAUUCCACAGCAACAAAAACAGACGUUUUAGGCUCUCGAUGUUGACCAAAUUCUUUUUUUUCUGAUCAAAAACUGCAGCAAACUCAUGAAGCCUGUCUAAAAUCUGCAGCGGCAUUGAUGGGAUUUUAGUAUCCAUAUGUUGCCAAUGUUCUUGUGUGAGUUAGGCAGAGCUAUCCAUAUAAUUGGAGAUUAGAGGGUUUGUUUUUUUUAAUGCCUUUCGUCAUAAAAAUCACCAAGACCUUAGUGUCAAACAUUUGGACAACAUGAAGCUCAGCUUCAUGUAAAGACAGAAAACAGAAGGAACAUAAUCCAACUCAGUGAUAAAACACUGCUCAUUUAUAAAUAUAUAUAAAGCAAAAUGGUAGCUUUAAAAUCCGCCUACUUGUAUCAAUCAAGGCACAGUUUUUAAACUGUUCUUUAAGAUGACGAGUCGGUUGACUCUUCUGUUGCCAACUAAAUCUCUGAUUCUUUCUGAAUGUUUCGGUGCUGCAGGAGGAACUCAACAACAGGCCUUACAACCUUUUUUUAAAUUUAAUAUGUUUAUUUGUUUUACUUUAGUGUUAUUUUUACCUUACAGUUAAUUCGUUUUAGUUACAACGAGGGUGCGGGUGCUCAAAAGUCAUUUGAGCUGAUUAAAACGAUUGAUUAUGUCAAAUCUGUGGAACGAGUUUAAAAGAAGUAAGGAUUCUUGAUAAACUCUGGUAAUCCAGUUUUGCCGUUAAUCCUGGUCAAACCUCCAGUUUGUGUUGUUUGCAGUUGAUUGAAGGAUUGCGAUAACUUUGAUUAAAAAAUCUGGAUUAUUCUGAUUCCAGUCGAUGGCUGAUUCACUCUGGAUUAAAAGGGGGAAUAGAUCUAAAUGAUCAGAUAGUUUCUAAACAGUACCUUUUACUAUCAAAAUGGAACUUUAUUGUGUUCCCCUUAGAUAUUUUCAUUUACUUUUCUAUCCAUAGCAAGUUCUUUUUUUCCCGUGGUUAAGCAUAGUUUUGUUACAGAUGACCUCAUGCAGCAGUGGAGAACUCCUGUUAAGGGGGUAAGAAGGGAUUUCUGCAGAGAAAUGCAACCAUCAAGGACAUAUUUUUCAAGCAGUUUACAACUAUGCCAAUCCAUCUCUUUUAAGAGAUCCAGAUCAUUUGGCUAGCUCAGUAGAGCUUGGUGUUUGGUUUCCAAAUGGCUCCUCAUUUGGUACUUUUCUCUGGUUGAAACUCCACAGUGAGAAGUCAGAGUUACAGUCAAGACAAAAACUUUAUUCCCCUUAAACUUUAAUUUUAAAAAAAAUGGCAUGUACUUGUUCAUUUCUGUUUAACUUUAUUUCCCAGAAACAGGAAGAAAAAUCCUUGCUUGUCCUCUUUGAGCCUCCGUACAUGACAGAUUACUUCGUAAAAGCCGUGAGGCGAGGACCUCUGCUGCUCUCUAAAGUUAAAAUGUAGAACCAUUUAAAAUUGUGGUAAUCUGAAUUAAAUCAUCAUAAAAAGCCUAUCUGGAUUAAAUUGAUAUAGUCUAGAGUUACCGGGACAAAAGAAAACUGGAUUACCUAACCCUUCAAAGCAAAUAAAGUCAAAUUCUGACUCCUAAACAUUUAAUCCUGGUCAUCUUUUGAACAACAAAGCCCUGGUUUUCACCUUAAUAAUUCUGAUUCAACCUUUUUUUUCUCUUCUGGUUUAGUAGAAAAUCAAAUCUCAGCGUCAGAAUGUAAAUCUGAAGCUGUUUUUCAUCUUUUGAGGUUAAAUUCAUCAUCAAGGUGCAACACAUGAAUGACUCAGCACUUUGAUGGAAUGUUAGCUUAGCAUGCUGGUGUUAGCUUAAGCUGAGAAGAGCGCUCGGCGGCUCGGACCAAUCAGAAGGAAGACGUAUAUCUCGGACGCGGCUGCUGUGACAGACUUGAAGUUUUUCUUUGUGACUGCUGUACUAAUGAAUUGUAAUCCAGCUGUAUUAUAGUAAAUAUUGUAGAAUAUUUGGACCUGUACAGAGACACAGAUUGUUCACUUCCUGCCGUUUGUUUUGUUUACCUCUCUCUGGUUUGCUAAUAAAAUACUCGAUGAUACACGGCUUCGACAUCGCUGUUUGCAUGUGUGAUGAAUUUUCAACCCCGACAAUAAAAUCACUUCCUUCA